AUGGUUCGUCGGAGGGCAUAGCGGGAUUUCUUAUAAGCGUCCGGGUUAGAGUCCCGCUCCUUGUGGUCCUCUGUAGCUCAGCUGGUAGAGCACGGCGCUUGUAACGCCAAGGUAGUGGGUUCGAUCCCUGGGAACACCCAUACACAAAAAUGUAUGCACGCAUGACUGUAAGUCGCUUUGGAUAAAAGCGUCUGCUAAAUGGCAUAUUAUGAUUAUUAUUAUUAUUAUUAUUAUUAUAUUAUUGAAAGCGGCAGCUCUACCCUUUAGCUCAAUGCGGAUGUUGCCUGUAAUCCAUGGCUUCUGGUUGGGGUAUGUACAUACGGUCACUGUGGGGACGACAUCAUCGAUGCACUUAUUGAUGAAGCCAGUGACUGAUGUGGUGUACUCCUCAAUGCUAUCGGAGGAAUCCCGGAACAUAUUCCAGUCUGUGCUAGCAAAACAGUCCUGUAGCUUAGCAUCUGCUUCAUCUGACCACUUUUUUAUUGACAGAGUCACUGGUGCUUCCUUCUUUAGUUUUUGCUUGUAAGCAGGAAUCAGGAGGAUAUAAUUAUAGCCAGAUUUGCCAAAUGGAGGGCGAGGGAGAGCUUUGUAUGCGUCUCUGUGUGUGGAGUAAAGGGGGUUUAGAGUUUUUUCCCCUCUGGUUGCACAUUUAACAUGCUGGUAGAAAUGAGAUAAAACAGAUUUAAGUUUCCCUGCAUUAAAGUCCCCGGCCACUAGGAGCGCUGCCUCUGGAUGAGCGUUUUCCUGUUUAGUUAUGGCCUUAUACAGUUCAUUGAGUGCGGUCUUAAUGCCAGCAUCGGUUUGUGGUGGUAAAUAGACAGCUACGAAUAAUAUAGAUGAAAAACUCUCUUGGUAGAUAGUGGGUCUACAACUUAUCAUGAGAUACUCUACCUCAGGCGAGCAAAACCUCGAGACUUCCUUAGAUAUCGUGCACCAGCUGUUGUUUACAAAUAUACACAGACCACCACCCCUUGUCUUACCGGAGUCAGCCGUUCUAUCCUGCCGAUGCAGUGUAUAACCCGCCAGCUGUAUGUUAUUCAUGUCUUCGUUCAGCCACGACUCGGUGAAACAUAAGAUAUUACAGUUUUUAAUGUCCCGUUGGUAGGAUAUUCCUGCCUGUAGUUCGUCCACUUUAUUAUCAAGCGAUUGUAAAUUGGCCAAUAGUAUCGAAGGCAGAUUAGCCACUCGUCGCCGGCUCCUUACCAAGCACCCCGAUCUCCUUCCGCGAUAUCUCCUUUUCUUUCUACUGUGAAUGACGGGGAUGAGGGCCCUGUCGGGUGUCUGGAGCAAAUCCCUCUCGUCCGACUCAUAAAAUAAAAAUUAUUUGUCCAGUUCAAGGUGAGUAAUCGCUGUUCUGAUGUUCAGAAGCUCUUUUCGGUCAUAAGAGACGGUAGCAGCAUCAUUAUGUACAAAAUAAGUUACCAACAAUGCGAAAAAACACACAAAAUAGCACAUUUGGUUAAGAGUCCAUAAAACAGCAGCCAUCCUCUCCGGCGCCAUCUUAUUGACUUAAAUCGUUGUGCAACAUCGUGGGUAAGCUCUCGCCAUCGUCUUUCAGCUCGAAAAAGUGGAUUUCUACUGGUGUGUUUAAUGGCUGCUUGCAGCUUUAUUGUUGUUGGUUAUAUAAUUGAUCUAAUCGGUAGUUCCUUGUCCUCUGCUUGCAGGAGAUCCAGGACCUACUGGAGAGCUGGUCUGACCACCUGACUGAAGCCAGUGCCAUCUUCCUGCGUGCCCCCAGUUAUAAUAAAAGCAUGUUCUUGUGGGGUAAGGCGGCUCCGCUGGCCAAGAAGGACCCUCGGAUCAGAACACUACCCUUCCCCACACGUAGAGCCACCUUCAGAGAGGUUAAGAGAGUACAUGAUGUCCUCUCCACUCUAAAUGUAUAUGGUACGAGUCAUGUUUAAUCUAUGGGCCUAGUCCGGUAUUAAAAUAUAGAUUCUCCAUUGAAAAGCAGUUUUCAGUCUAGGGCAAGGCUUAAUCUGUGUCUGGCCUACAUGUACGGUGCAUUCGGAAAGUAUUCAGACCCCUUGACUUUUUCCACAUUUUGUUACAUUACAACCUGAUUCUAAAAUGGAUUAAAUACAUUUUUUUCCUCAAUCUACACACAAUACCCCAUAAUGACAAAGCAAAAACAGGUUUUUAGAAUUUGUUGCAAAUUUAUAAAUACAAAAAAAACGGAAAUAUCACAUUUACAUAAGUAUUCAGACCCUUUGCUAUGAGACUCGAAAUUGUGCGCAGGUGUAUCCUGUUUCCAUUGAUCAUCCUUGAGAUGUUUCUACAACUUGAUUGGAGUCCACCUGUGGUAAAUUCAAUUGAUUGGACAUGAUUUGGAAAGGCACCCACCUGUCUAUAUAAGGUCCCACAGUUGACAGUUCAUGUCAGAGCAAAAACCAAGCCAAGAGUUGGAAGGGAUUGUCCGCAGAGGUCCAAGACAGGAUUGUGUCGAGGCACAGAUCUGGGGAAGCGUACCAAAACAUUUCUGCAGCGUUGAAGGUCCUCC